UCAGUACCAAAAGAUUAUCACAAAGAUGUCCCAAGAAUCAACUUAUAUAUUGUUUGUUUUUACAAACCUGCAUACUACUUAUCGAGCCUAUAUUGCUAUAAGUAAUCCUGUAAAACAAAUUGGGUUUACUUCUUGGAUUUUUUUCUUACCACAUUCUGAGUGACAAUAGCUUUGCCUGACUAUUGAAAAAUCAUUUUGCUGGACCUUGUACCGAAAGUGUACCUUGUUUAAAAUUACAAUAGGUAUUCAAUGCAUACAUGACUCGACAAAUUUAUUUUGCGUAUGGCAAAAACAAUCUGUGCUUGCAGACUACAUAGCUAGUGUUACGCUGUGAUUAUGUUUGGAGAUGAGGUUGUACAAGAACACCUGACCUUUGUUUACAGCGCAAUCGUGUCACAUGAUUACAGUCGCUUCCCACCGCCUAGCCCUCUCGACGAAAUAUUUUCUAAAGCCCUUGUUUUCAACAAUGUAAAACAUGGCAAAACUGACAGUUCAACAAAGUUUGUUAUUAACUAUCUCAAGCAUUUUAGUCUCAGUUACGUACUCCAUAAAUCCAUUCGUGUUAGAAGAACAACUUAUAUGGGAAUCAUCGGAUGAAGGCGAAGUUUCAACGUAUCGAAUUCCCAUUAUCAUACAAGUGCCGAAUGGAGACCUCCUCGCGUUUAGCGAAGCGCGAAAGUACAGCGCCGCCGAUGCUGGGGCGAAGUUCAUCGCCAUGCGACGCUCUUCAAACGGAGGUCAGUCGUGGGGAGAAAAUACUUUUAUUCUCAACGAUUACAAAAUUCCGGACGGAUUGAAUCUUGGAACAGUUCUGGUUGACAGUGUGACGAACAGUACCAUUUUGAUUCACACGUUUUGUGUUCAUUCAGUUUGCAAUGGCACCGGAGAAAAGCCGUCGGGAGUUUUCAUGGUGACCAGUUCCAAUUUUGGUUAUACUUGGUCCGAUCCUGUCAAUCUAGCCGAGAAGAACCCAGAGCUUAUGGACCUACAUUUCGAUCCUGGACCAGGUUAUGGGAUCCAGAAAAAGCACCCUCCUCAUAAAGGCAGACUGGUGACUUGUGGACACGGCCCUGAUGCAGAGGUGCGGUCAAUGUCAUGCCUUCAUAGCGACGAUGGUGGUAUAACAUGGCAGCUAAGUUUGGGACUGGCUGGCCUUCCAUUUGGAGAGACCAAGAAAACUGGGGACUUUGUACCAGGUGAAGUACAGAUCGUCGAGUUGAAGAAUGGGACGAUCCUGGCUAACGUGCGGAAUACCUACAGCUUUCACUGCAAUUGCCGCAUCCAGGCGUUAAGCUUCGAUGGUGGGUCGACAUUCCCCAUGACUUCGAUGAGAAUGAAACAAGAGCUGAUCGACCCCAACGUCUGCGGCUCGCUCCUGAACUUCAACGACAAUCAAAUCUUAUUUUUCAGUAACCCUUUCAAUGCUGGGUCACGGGUCAACCUCACACUUCAUUGGAGCCUGGACGCGGGGAACACCUAUCCCAAUCUCAUGAAUAUUUAUGAGAAGGGUAGUGCAUAUUCAUGUCUUACUUACAUUGAUGAAAAUCACAUUGGAUUGGUGUAUGAGAAAGAUAAUAUCAGUUCUAUUUCAUAUGUGAGAAUCCAACUUAAUCUCUAGUCUUUAACGUGCACUUUGACCAGCUUUAUAGCAAUGGGCUCUUGAGCCUUAAUACUUAUAAGCGAAGCCCGAUGAAGCCUUUCAGCAUUUUAUCUACAGUGGAAACUUGUUAUAACAAGGAUAUUGGAUCCAUGAAAAUUACCUUACUAUGAAUGUAUCAAGUAUCUUGAUAUAUUUCAGUGAAAAAACAGAAUGGACCAGAAAACUAUCUUGAAUCAGGUAUCUCGUUAUAUCUGAGCUCUUCAUAACAAGUUUCCACUGCAUUUUUGUUUUUUUAACCUGUGCUUUGUAAUCGUGACACUUCUCAUGAGAAAUCAAAUGUAAGUGUUCCAGUAUCUAGAACUUUGCAGCUGACUUUCACUUUAUUCUUUAAAACUUUGUUCUAUUAUAUGCACUUUAUACCCCAAAUACCCCAUGAAAUGUGGUCCAAAAUGUCUUUUUUUUCCUAGAAAUUAGAAGGAAAAAGAUGUGGCUCAUGAUAUUAAAGCAUUUUUGGCUUUUAUUUUAUUAUCACUAAAAGAUCCAAGAAUAACACAUACUUGUAUUUGAAAAAGAUUGAAGCUAUAUGAGACAGAUUUUAUGUACCAAGCACCUGAACAAAUAAUAUGUAUAUAUAUAUAUGUAUGUAGAAUGUAUAAAAUCAACUUUUAAAAAUUCACCUUGCAAUUUAUAGGUUAACUGUUAAAGGUACUAUGUCCCAUUUGCAGGCCAAAAAAAAAUGAAAAGGUUAAAUUCCAACGGCAUUUGAAUAAUAAUUCUAAUUUAGAACUUCCCUAAAA